UGUGCUGACACAAAGUAUAUCCUUUUUUUUAAAAAGAUUGAAAAAGCUAAACCUCUAAAAUGUGGAACUUUUGGUGCUACAUCGCUGCAGCAAAGAUACUUAGCUACAGGAGAUUUUGGUGGAAACCUUAAUAUAUGGAAUUUAGAAGCUCCUGAAAUACCAGUAUAUUCUGUGAAAGCUCAUAAGGAAAUCAUAAACAGUAUAGAUGGUGUAGGUGGCUUAGGAAUUGGGGAAGGUGCACCAGAAAUUGUGACUGGCAGUCGAGAUGGAACUGUAAAGGUAUGGGACCCAAGACAGAAAGAUACUCCUGUUGCUAAUAUGGAACCUGUACAGGGAGAGAGCAGAAGAGACUGCUGGACAGUAGCAUUUGGAAACGCUUACAAUCAAGAGGAACGUGUUGUAUGUGCUGGAUAUGACAAUGGGGACAUUAAAUUGUUUGACUUAAAAACCAUGUCACUACGAUGGGAGACCAAUAUUAAGAAUGGGGUUUGCAGUGUGGAGUUUGACAGGAAAGAUGUAAACAUGAACAAGCUAGUGGCCACAUCACUUGAGGGAAAGUUUCAUGUUUUUGAUAUGAGAACUCAGCAUCCAACCAAAGGUUUUGCUUCUGUUUCGGAAAAGGCUCACAAAUCUACCAUGUGGCAGGUUCGGCACCUUCCACAGAACAGAGAUAUAUUUAUGACGAGUGGAGGAGCUGGGAGCCUUCAUCUCUGGAAAUAUGAAUACCCUGCUCAGCGCUCAAAGAAGGAUUCUGAAGGAGCUGAGAUGGGGGUGGCAGGUUCUGUCAGCCUCUUGCAGAACGUAACUUUGUCAACACAGCCGAUUUCUAGCCUAGACUGGAGCCCUGACAAAAAGGGACUGUGUGUCUGUGGUGCAUUUGACCAAACCGUGAGGGUACUGAUAGUUACCAAACUUAACAAAGUUUGACAGGAAAACUAAGAUUUCCAAUGAGAAAGCAAUAUAAUUUACAGUCUGAAAAUAUGGGAGGGAGAACCCUCCUGUUUCUAAUUUAAUUUCUCCCUUAUUAAAACUGGAUUAAAGAACUCGAAACCAGAUCUUUCUAUUGAAAGUUCAGAAACAUGCUAUUGGAGUUGUUUGAUUGUGCUGCAAUGACUUGAACAAGUUGCCUAGGCACAAAACUUUUUACCUUCUUGAAGUGUGAAUUUACGUUAAAAUGAAACGUGCCUUUGUUUUAUCACAACUUGUAAGUUCAGAAAUUAUUUUGAAUUGUUUGUUUUCAGUUUAACCACAGUGCAAAUAUGCUCACCUUGUUAAAUGGUUUGACUUUUUUUCUAAAUAGUAUUGUCCAUACACAUUUAGGCUAUGGAAACUAUUAUAUGAUCCUUCAUAGAAACUCCUUGUGCUUACUUGAUUGUAUUAGAUAGAAUGUUUGUUAAAGUGACUUAGGUUCUUAAAUACGCCAUAGAAGCUAUAAUGAAUACUGAAAUAUUCAGGUUUGAUGGAGUAAACUUUUCUUGAAGAUGGUAUUGAAAUUAAACUGUUGAGCAAAAUGCACUGUUUUAUUGCUUUAGUUUAUUUUUGUAACAAGUUUUUAUGUUCUGUUGGUUUUAUAUCUGUUUGUAAUGGUAGUCUACAAAUAAAACUCUCUGGAGUGUCGUUUUAA